GAUCAGUGUCUCUUUCAAGGUCAUUGGUGCCGUCGCAUUUCACUGGUAGCUAGUGUUGCUUGGCCACUAGUUGGUUUAAAAAUCAUGGUGACUCCAAAGCAUAGCAGCCAAAACCGUAAAUACCUAGCGAACGGACAAAUGACAUCGACAACGACAACUUUGAUCAGUCAAAAACCUCUGUAAAAACGGCGCAAAAUUUCAAUAAAAUGUUUGCAUGAAAGUAAUGCAAUGUCUAAGAACUUCAGAGGUUUCCUUAGAUCCUGUUUAGCCAUUUCUUAACAUUGCAUUUUGUGUAUUUUGGCGUUUAUUUCAAAUUACGUACUCCUACUUCCGACGCAUCUGACUAGUUGACAGAGACUUGUCAAGGUGUCAAUCAGUUAUAUUCGUUUUAGUCUUAUCAAAAUUCGGUCUAGCCAAGAGGAGUUAAGAUGGCUAAGCGAUGACUGGCUGCACAUAUGCGUCCACUGGAAACCAACCUAGAUGGGGCAGUGCUUUCACGUGAUAAGUUGGAUACUCCUAGGUCGAAACCGAAACCUUACGCAUUCUUCACGCUUUGGAGUUUUGGAAAACUAGUGAACUUAGUGUAACACUUUGAAAAUGUGGCUGUUGAUCUGCGUCUUUAUACAAUAAUAAAAGAGACAUCUCAGCCACAACAGCGAGGCAUAUAUCAAAUAAUGUUGACUUUUAGGUCAUCUACCAACCAAGACAUAUCAUUUGCUGGCUGCAGUGAAUAUGAUUUGCGACAGUCACUGAAGUUUCCUAUAACGUGCUUCCUUUCGUCGAGUUAUUGAAGCAUUAUGCGUGUGAAGUAUCUAUGUCCUUUGCGUCUGGUCGCUCUUUUGUUGAUCGCAGGUGCCCUUAUUAUAUUAUGGGAACUGCGGUAUCUUUCUCGUUACUCUAAAUUCGCCAGGUAUGUGUGUGUAUUAAAUAGAAAGAAUUCUUCGAAAAGCCUGACAUAUGACCAUGAACCUGAGAGUCAACAAGCUGUCUACGGGAAACAAAACGACAGAUGGAAUCAUAGUACUAAUGAGAUCUAUCGUCAGUGCAUACAGUCCAUACAAUGUAUUGUUAACGGAGUUCCGACGCCUAAUUGCUACUUAACUCAGGAAAAAGACGUACUUGUUUCCUUUGAGGUAGUUCGUACCCAUUUAAAGGUGUUUGGUUCUCUUGAUAUGUCAUCCAACACAUUCUAUUUGAAUCAUGCUAAUGUUGAAGUCCCAAAGGCUCAUUUGUAUAAACAUAACCCCAGGGGUAUAUAUAUGCAGUUCAACAAACUGAGUGUAGAGAAAAGACUCCAUGUGAAGCUGGUUACUGCUGAUGAAGGUGUACCAAUUAGUAGUCAGUGGGACCACCGUGGUUACCCAUAUCCAAUUCAAAUUGCCCAGUUUGGUUUGAAUCACUUUAGCCAGUUAAUAACAUCUGACAAAAGCGGCAUCAAAGAUGUGCAAAAUAAUUCAUCCUUGAUGAAUGAAAUUAUGGAUUUAGAUCUUACUGUCUCUGAUAAUGUUCUUCAUCACUGGAGUAACGGAAAACGUUUGAACAAACCGAAUAAUUCGCUUAUGUUGUCAGCGAGAAAUGUAGACUCUAGUAGUCGAAGCCUUUCUAUCACCCCAAAGCUUAAAGAUUGGGAUUAUUUUAUUAUGGUUGGUCGUCAGUGGACCUAUGGGAGUUUCGUCGAACUAUUGGUGCAGUGGUAUCCUCCAAAAACAGCUGAUUAUCACUUCAAUCAUCGUCCCAGAAGGAGUUCGAUUAUAUAUAACUGUUCACAAUCACCCGCUGGACGUCUAACAUAUACUUCUAUUUCUUCCAGUGGAAAUACAGUCAUAUUUUGGAUGCCGGAAUGUGGAAAGUCAGCCAAAUUAUAUGGAUCAGUUGAAAGUGUAAAAUUAGCACGAGAUGUUUACACUGAUUUGGUAAAAGUAUUCUUUCCAUUUUGGAAGUUCUCUGAACACGUUGACUCAAAUGUCAAAAAAUCUCAUCAGAAUAAUACUACCAGUUAUCCUUUUCAUGUACAAGUUCUGGAGAUAAAUUUCUACAUCAACUCACAUAAUGCAACUGCUGACAUAAUGAUAGAGAAGCUACGUCUUGGUAAAGCGGUAAAUUCACAAACAAUAUUAUAUGAUGCAAAGAAGAGGGAAACGGGAUCGACUGAAAAGCUGUUACAUGAAGUACGCUUUAUUUCGGCUGCUGACUGGUUCAUCCAUCAUCAAGAUAAAAAUGGUGCAUGGCCAGUUAAUGUUCGACGUUCUUUGAAAGGGAGGAGAACUUUACAGCCUGGUUGGUAUUCUGCUAUGGGCCAAGGUAUUGAAGUAUUUUGUUUAUUUGCUCUUAAUAGUUUCUUCUCUGGGUUUUCAAGCUGGCUGUAUAUACGAUGUCAGUAUCAAAUCAUCAUACCAGUAGUGCAUAUAACCAGCUACCACCUGGCUUUGUUUACCUAAUCUGUCUUGAUUAUAUGCAUAAACAUGCAUAUCACUGACCUAAUGUUUACUCACAUACCAUAACUUCAUGGUCAGACUCGCAGGUCGUACUGACUUAAUCAGCUAUGAAGUCUAGAACGAAUAUACCUGCAGACUUUAUUGCUCAAAAAAUAUCGAUUAGAUAUUGGUAAGACUAAUAGAAUUUACCAUUAUAGUGUAAGUUGUCAAUAUUAUUAUGCAGGUUCGAGGGGGAAUCCUGCUGCUAACAAACAGGUGUAUAGGAGCAGCAGAGUGAUCACCAAGCCGGCUAUGCUGCCUUUCAAUAUUGGAAGAAAGAAUCAGACAAAGUUGAUCCCUAAAAUUUAGCAUCCUAACCUAUUCCAAGGUGGUCUGUAGUCGACGGUAUGAACAAAACUGCAAAACCUUCACUUCCUCUGAAGUGACCAGACCAAAUCAAUCACUCAAAGAACAAGUCGAUUUCCACACUGGAUAGCAGGGAGUGGGAACUGUAUAUGCACCUUCAUUGGCUCACAUCUGUGUUAUUUUCUUCAAUAACUACGUUAAUGCUACCAGCUACUCAGUAUAAUUUUUAUAUGUAUAACAUCAACUUGUGAGCAGUGUUCUGGUUGUUUGCAGCUGACUAAGUGGAAGGCCAUUUUUCAGUGUAUGAAUAUGUCAAGCUAUUUCCUUAUUGGUCAGAGCUUACAACUACACUGGUAACCUGUUGUAUCUACGGGCAUGUUCUCGUUCAUUAGACUUGUUUAAUCUAAGCAUAAGAUAUGGUGGUGUUCGUUCGUAUUUUCUCAAUCAAUCAGAAUUAAUAUGGUUUGAAGAGUAUCCAUUUGAUCCUCCUAUUCAUAUACUGAAUGGUUUCAUUUAUUCACUUAUUGGAUUGUAUGAUUUCACUCAGGUGGCAACGGGCAAUUCAGAUCCCUCAGUGUCUUCGGGUGUGUUGAAAGCGCAAGCUCUUUUAGAUGCAGGACUCACAAGUUUGUCUAAAUUACUUCCACUAUUCGAUUCUGGCAGUGGCAGCUUCUAUGACCUUCGUCAUCUUUCAGCCGACUUUAUUCAACCUAUGAAAGAAACUGAGCAUAAGCAAGCCAAAAAUACAUAUCAGUUGUCUUCCGGUCCUAACAGAGCUCGUUGGAGCUAUCAUUCUUUACACAUUCAGCAACUACGAAUUUUGAUUGAUUUAGAUCCAAAAAGAGCUGUUCAGUGGAGAAAUACAGCUGUUCGGUGGACUGCUUAUCUCAAGGGCUUUCAGUCCCUACAGAAUUAGUUUGUUUGUCGUUAACAACUUUGCUUUCACGAAAUUUUUAAGAGUUUUCUUUUUCACAGAAAUGCCGGUGAUUUUCUAGAAUAAAGCUUCAUAUUAAUGAUUGGUCAAUGAUAUAUGAAUGUUGCACUAAUCAUACAGAUUUUACUGUUGAUAUAUGGAAUUCUAUGCAUUUUUUCAUAAAUGAUUUAUGAAUAUUAGUCAUCUUUUAUAUUUUCUUGUUGCCCGUAUUCAUGUAAUCACUUAGACCUUAAUAUGAUCUACACACUUCAAUGAACUAACAAGCAUGAUAAUGUACCCAAAAUUGUUCAUUCAUAUUAUUAUCAUUGUUACAUUUCUAGUUGCUCAAUUUUGAUCUUAUCCAUGGCAAUACAAGUAAUAUUUUAUAGCAA